CCCUCCGCUCCUCCCCUCCCCUCCUCUCGGUCUCUCCGCUACGCGCGGCCGCCGAUCGCUUCCUUCUGGAUCAAGUAGUGCGCGCAAUGUAUCCACAACAGGACUAAAAUCCACUCGGCUUACUUUUAUACAUAUUUUUGGAGCGUCUUCUUUUUUGGGGGGUAGGGGAAGAAUUUGACUCGGCGCCGUCCGGAGAACUCGAGGUAACUUUUUGGGAAAGUGGCGAUUCAAGAGGAAGCGUAGGCGGCAGGCUCUGCUGGAGGAUGAGCCUGGUGGAGGUGAGGCAGUUGGCGGGCUCGCUGACCCUGUCCCUGUCCAGCAAUGACUCCAAGGAACGUUGCUGCGAGAGCGACCCGGACAGCUUCCGCGGCCGGGCCAUGUCUCCGGACUUGAGGCAGGACUUCAACAUGAUGGAGCAAAAGAAGAGGGUCACCCACAUCCUGCAGAGUCCAGUGUUCAAAGAUGAGUUGGAAGGCCUGAUUCAGGACCAGAUGACCAAAGGCAACAACCCUACAGGUCUCCUGGCCCUGAGGCAGAUAGCUGACCUGCUCAUGGCCGGCACGGUGGGAGGGGCCGGGCCUUUGACGUCACCCAUCAGCUUGGGAACGGUGUCCCCCAUCAACGACUUGUACGCCGCCGAGACGCCAUCCUUCGCCAAAUGCGAGAAGCCGAGCCGCUGCAAGCUUGCCGGCCUCUACAGGCUGGUUGACCUUUUUAGCUGGGCUCGUUGCACCGGCGCCUACAUCACGGUGCGUGUCAACAAAGAGCAGGAUCAUGUUCUGAUCAGUCCGAGAGGUCUGUCCUUUGCUGAGGUCACUGCAGCAACGUUGGUGAAAGUGAACAUGAUCGGCGACGUCGUGGACCAGGGCUCGACCGACUUGGGUAUCGACCACUUUGGAUUCGCUCCUCACGCCGCCAUCUACGCCAUGCGCCCCGACUUGAAAUGCAUCAUCCACAUCCACACGCCCGCUACGGCCGCCGUGUCCUCCAUGAAGUGUGGAAUCCUGCCCAUUUCCCAGGAGGCCUUGCUCCUUGGAGACGUGAGCUGCUUCGGUUACCAUGGCAGCCUGGCUAAUAAAGAGGAGAAGGUGGAGUUUCAGAAAGCUCUGGGCCCGACUGCCAAGGUGAUGAUCCUAAGGAACCACGGGGUGCUUGCUUUGGGAGAAACCAUAGAAGAAGCUUUCCACUACAUGUACCACUCGCAGCAAGCGUGCGAAAUCCAGGUGCAGGCAUUGGCUUGCUCGGGCGGCGCGGACAACCUGCUGCUCCUGGACAAGGAGAAGUUCAAACCUCUCACGCAGGGAGCGGCCGCCGCCGGGGUGCCCGUCAGCAACGACUUCAAGUGGAAAGUGGGAGAGGCCGAGUUCGAGUCUCUGAUGAGGAUGCUGGACAACCUUGGAUAUAGAACAGGCCACUCGUACCGAAACCCCAUCGUCCGCGAAAAGCCCCGAUCCAAGAACGACGUGGAAAUCCCCGCCACGGUGUCGGCGAUUAUGUCGGACGAGGACGGCGAAGCGGCGGGCCUGAGUAGCCCCUUUAAGUUUAUGGCGCAGAAGCAGCAGCGGGAGCGGACGCGCUGGCUCACCUCGCCCAACAGUUACUUGAGGGUCAACGUGCCCGAACACUCACCCAGCGGAGACGUCAGCCCCAGAACCAAAACCAUGUGGAUGAAGUCAUCAGAACCAGGCAAAAGCAUGGGCACCCCGAUUAAGAUUGAAGACCCCAACCAGUUUGUGCCCCUCAACACUGACCCAACAGAAGUGUUGCACAAGAGGAACCGGAUAAAAGAGCAGCACAGAGGCGACCUGAUGACGUCAGGUCCCAAGUCCCAUUUACUGGCGGGCAUUGUUGUGGACACCAUCCCGGGACCAGCUUUCAUCAUGGAGGACGAGGAGCACACUCGCUCCCUUCCACCUAACCCUUUCAACCAUCUGACAGAGGAGGUACUGGAGGAGUACAAGACCCUGGUGCAGCGAAAGCAACUAGGCCAAGACGAAGACGAAGAUGCAACGGAUGCAGACGAGAUGACCACGUUUGAUGGCUCCACAAUCUCACUCUCACUUUCUCCCAUCAUGACACCAUCCAAGUUCGACACGAUACCCAACGGGAAGGACCAUUUGUCCGAUCCGGAAGAGGACCUGACCCUGGAGGUUUCCAAGCUGAGCGUGAGCGCUUCGGAAUCUCUGGAAAUCUCCAUGAGCGCCAAAGACGAGACCCCGGAAUGUCAGAGCAAGAAGAAGAAGAAGAACAAGUUCCGCACGCCUUCCUUCCUGAAGAAAAGCAAGAAGAAGGAGAAAGGUCAGGUGUCGGCACAUUAAUGACGAACAAAACUCGGUCAUGCGAAUGAGGGAUGGAAACCAGCCGAGAUUUGAGUGAUUGUUUUUGUUUUGAUGAAUUGGCAUUGGAGAGACAAACUUGCAAAGCUCUGAAGAUGUUCCCUUUUGCACAAAUCCCUCGUAUGAAUGUAUGGAAACGAGCACAGCCGUCGUAAUAGUGGCCGCUAAUGCAUCA